UUUUCACCUUCAAAAUCAUCAUUCACUCCCUUGUUACGCAAUCCUUAAGAAUUCCACCCCUACUCUCCAAAUCCAAUUCUCAAAAGAAAUUCCUAUCCCUCGUCAACCAGUUAUCUUGUCCUCUAAUCCAACCACAGCCGAAUUUAAGGGAGCGUGAAGUUUGAUUGAUUGUUUUGUCGGUCUAUUUAUUCCACUCAAAGUACAAGAUGCAGUUUUUCGAUGGAUAUGGAUACCACGGGACAUCGUUUGAGCAGACAUAUCGAUGUUACCCUGCUUCAUUUAUUGAAAAGCCACAAAUUGAGAGUGGUGAUAAAAUUAUAAUGCCUCCCUCAGCUCUUGACCGUCUUGCAUCCCUGCAUAUCGAUUAUCCAAUGUUGUUUGAGCUUCAGAAUGAUGCUGCUGAGCGGGUUUCUCACUGUGGAGUUCUGGAGUUUAUUGCAGAGGAAGGCAUGAUUUAUAUGCCAUACUGGAUGAUGGAGAACCUGCUUCUACAAGAGGGAGAUACAGUGCGAGUGAAAAAUGUUACUCUUCCAAAGGGGAAAUAUGUUAAAUUGCAGCCUCACACAAAGGACUUUUUGGAUAUAUCCAACCCAAAAGCUAUCUUAGAGACAACAUUAAGGAAUUAUUCCUGCUUAACCACCGGGGAUAGUAUUAUGGUGGCCUAUAACAACAAGAAAUACUACAUAGAUAUCAUAGAAACAAAACCUUCAAAUGCAAUAAGUAUCAUUGAGACAGACUGUGAAGUGGACUUUGCACCUCCCCUAGAUUACAAGGAGCCUGAAAAGCCUGUUGCAUCUGUUCCUCCAAGCAAGGCAACCUCCCAAGCUGAAGAGGUUCCAGCUGAGACUGAACCAAAAUUUAAUCCCUUUACAGGAGCAGGAAGACGCUUGGAUGGGAAACCUUUGAGCUAUCAGCCCCCACCAGCAUCGUCUUCAUCAGUGUCUAAAGACAAGCAACCUGCUGUUGCCGAUGGCAGUAGGCAGCCAUCUCUGGGGUCUAGCUCACAAAAUACUGCACGCAAGUCUCAGGGAAAGCUUGUGUUCGGAUCCAAUACAGGUCGCACUCCUAAGGAAACACAGAGGGAGGAAUCUGGAAAAGAGACCAAGCAAGAGCAGCCUGAAAAGAAAGAAGAGCCAAAAUUCCAGGCAUUCACUGGGAAGAAGUACUCAUUGAAAGGUUGACUGUAUUGUCCAACAAUCGAUGCCUCAUCCUGGUCAUAAAUUGCCUGUCCUUUCUGGAUCAGGUAAAAACAAUAGGACUAUAUGUUGAUCGGAGAUGUUGUAUCAUCAAAUGAUGGUUAGUAGGUUCUCAUCAGGAAAAAGGAGUAUUGUUGCGUGCUUGACAUGAUUGUUAAGCUUCCAAUUGUACUUGCAAUUGUGCCUUUCCCACUGUAUCUUCAUUCUAAGUAGAAACAUUUCUGUGCCA